UUAUACGAAGGUCGAACAUCGCGGUCGCUGCGAUGGCAUAGCAUCGACGCUGCUAGCUAGCCGCUAGCUAAUCCUUGAAAGGGAUGCGUAACUUGUUUGCGACCCGUCCCUUUCGAAAGUGAGCACAACUGUUAUAUAUUUGGACCUAACCAUUUGGAUUCAUUUAAAGAUAAUAUCAGCAAGUAAUAUCACCAAGAAGCCAUUUAGCCUGCUUUAUUAUGAUAACCACGUCAUGUCAUGUGACUGCACUGAUUUGAGGUCAGAGGACGGCAACCAACGACGCUCAAGUUAGCAUCGGUAUGCUAGCUGCCUAUUCGGCACUUUGCGAGUCAAAUGUAAAUUUAAGGUAAAAAAAGUGCAGUUCGACUGUUUUUGUUUGUAUUUUUAAAUAGUGACGCUUCUUGAUGCUAAAACAUUUCACACAUUUUAGACUUCCUGCGCUGAGCGAUGGCCGCUGUCCAGAUCCGGAAGUACUGUGACGACGAUGCUGAGACGGUGAAGGAGCUCUUCUCGCUGGGCAUGAGCGAGCACGUGCCCUCCUCCUUUGUGCACCUCCUGAAGCAGCCGCUCACCCAGAUGGUACUCAUGUGCACCUUCUGCGCCCUCCUGACCAGCUCCAAAUCCUUCCUGCUGCCCAUCCUGACUGUCACGCUGCUGCUCGCCGCCGCCCGCCAGCUUGUGGUCUACCAGUUCAACAGCUACAUCGAGAUGUCCUACAAGCAGGACCUGAACACCAUCGACGAGACUUACAUGAAAGGCGAGGACUCGUGCUUCUGGGUGGCGGAGAAGGAGGGUCAGGUGGUGGGCAUGGUGGCGUGCCUGCCCAACCAGAACGUCCCGGAGUGCUUGGAGCUGAAGCGCCUGUCUGUGCGGCGCAGUCACCGCGGCAGGGGCGUGGCCAAAGCGCUGUGUCGGAAAGUGGCGGACUUUACCCGCGAGCGAGGCUGCCCCGCCGUCCUCCUCUACACCUCGGUGGUCCAGACUGACGCUCAGAAGCUCUACGAGCACAUGGGCUACGACAAGGUGCGCGAGUUUGUCGUUCCUGACGUCCUCGCCAAGCUCAUGAACUUCUCUCUCUUUGAGUACAGACUGGAUUUGCAGAAAGACAAAAAAGGAAACUGAGGUAAACACCACAGCUGGACUCUUCUUUUUAAUCUCUGAAUUGAAUUGAACUGAAUUGAAUGCACAUUGGGAAAAACACGACAAUAAUUGAAUCCUAUUGGGAUUGGCCGCCUUUGAGGUUUUUUUAAUGCAUGGAACACAGCUCACAGAAUUUGUAGCACUAUUUAAGAUGUCAACAUAAGCCAAAAAAUGUGAUCUCUUUCUGCAAUUUUAAUAAUUUUUGCUGAUAGAUACAACAUAAUUCAAAAGGCAGUUAACAGAUGAAUUUUAGCUGAUUGUUUUGCUCAUUGGGACACACUGUGGUUGUCUCCCACCAUGCAUUUUAGGUAACAUGAAUAGAAGUCAUUUUUCCACUGCUUCUCCUCACGAGGGCCGCGGGGGGCGCUGGAGCCUAUCCCAGCUGUCUUCGGGCGUGAGGCGGGGUACACCCUGGACUGGUCGCCAGCCAAUCACAGGGCACAUAUAGACAAACAACCAUUCACACUCACAUUCAUACCUAUGGACAAUUUGGAGUGGCCAAUUAACCUAGCAUGUUUUUGGAAUGUGGGAGGAAACCGGAGUACCCGGAGAAAACCCACGCAUGCACGGGGAGAACAUGCAAACUCCACACAGAGAUGCCCGAGGGUGGAAUUGAACCCUGGUCUCCUAGCUGUGAGGUCUGCGCGCCAACCACUAAACACCGUGCUGCCCAUGAAUAGAAGUCAUCCAAUUAAUUUAAAAAAAGUUUUAAUAGUCUGGUUAAAGUGAUUGUUAGUCGUUUUUGACACCAAUUGUUUAUAUUUCUUGUUAAACAUGAACAUAAUACGUCCUGUUUUUGUUGCGUCAGCCUGAUUUACUGUUUCCGGUUGUCGUUUACAUAUAAUUGGCGUGGUUUUCUUAUGCAAAUUAUUUAAUUGGCCUUCGGGACCAUCGUGACUGAUCUGAUGAACUCUGCCUAGCAACGAAUAAAUGACCGUGACAGAUAUUUGAUAUGUGGGGAGAUUCUUUGGUAUUUGACAAUUUAAUUAAAAGUUCCGAAUAAACAAAUCAAGGUGUGA